AUGUUUAUCACUCUUGGAGAGAGCGUUCAAGAAAUCAUGCUUGAAAGAAUAAGGCGGGCGAAGAGUUUAGGAAUCCUCGCAGAUGAAGCUGCUGAUGUCGCUGUUUUGCUACAGUUGAUUAACUUCAUUAAGUAUAUUAACCCAGAAAUAGGUGAGGCUGAAACAAUUCUUGCCAACCAAGUGUAUGAAUGCCCGCCAAGGUGCAAAUGCUGAGGUCAUCACUGGUCAAAUCUCGGUCGCCUAAAGAAAGCAACUUAAAAGUAAGAAAUCUAAAGUCAGUUGUCAGUGAUGGUGCAAGAAUCAUGACUGGAGAAUACAGUGGUGUUGCAACAUGGUUUUAUUGUAUCUGCCACAGGCCGGCCCUAACUUGUGCGGACACGGGAGACAGAAUUAAGUAUAUAAAGGAAGUGGAAACUAUUUUGAAAGAAACAUGGCAUUUUUUGAGAAUACUCCAAAAACCACCAGUAUUUUCAUGAAGGUACAAACAGAACUUUAAAACUUAACCUUGACAGACAAUACUAAAAAAUUUUGUCAAAAAAAAAGAGAGAAAAGCUUGCCAUACCCGUAUCUUGUCAAAGAUAUUCAUGCAAUAGAGAGCGUGCAAAGACGCGCGUCAAGAUUAGCUCUUAGGCAAAAAAGAGGUGAUAUGUCUUAUGAAGAGCGUCGUGACACGUUACAUUGGCCAUCUUUGUCCAGUCGUAGGACAUAUUCCUCUCUUGUUGAAUGUUAUAAGAUCGUGUUUGGCUUAUCACACUUGGAUUUUGAGGAAUUCUUUCAAUUCGCAAACGUCAAAUCCACUAGGGCAAAUCACUCGUAUAAGCUUUAUUGUAAAUUAUCUAGAAUCAACUGUUUUAAAUAUUCUUUUUUUAACAAUGUAAUUAGUUAUUGGAACAAUUUACCUAGUAAUGUUGUUGAAGCCGGUACCCUUGAACUUUUUAAAUGUAAACUCAAAUCCUUUUUAAAGUUGUAAUUUUUAUUGUUUGUUUGUUGUUUUUAGGAGAGUUUUAUUCAUAGGGUUAACCUCUAGACUCUCCCUUUCAAAUUUAUGUAGUUAUAUAUGAGUUUGAAUAAAGAUGUAUGUUAAACAUGUAUGUUGAACAGAGUGUAAACAGUGUGUUUCAGAUAUAUGUUGCUUUGCUCCACACAAUCAAGAGCUAGAUAAGGAUGCCCUUGCCCUGGGCCUGUUAGAGAAGAUACAAAAUUAAAUUAUUGGGAACCGACAAUAACUAGCAUAAUCAACCACUCAUUUACCUUUUCGAUUUUUCCACGUGCCUGGAAAAAAGGUGAAAUGGUCCCUCAUCUCUACUUCUGCCUGUGCUUUCCAAAGCAGCCGAGAGAAUUACCCUAGGUCAAUUUAAUGACUAUUUAACCACCAAAGUGGAAACCGGAAGCACCACUCGACAGAAACUUUGAGCUUGCUCUUAAGGGAUCACAUCUUCAGUGCCAUGCAUAAUAAGCAUAUUACAACGAUGGUGGUUAUUGAUUUAAGCAAAGCCUUUGACAGCCUAUGCUAUUUCAAAACUACAAAAAACCUCAAUACCUCAAACAAAGCUAUUCUUUGGUUCGAAAGUUAUCUUACAAACAGACAACAGUCCACUCGUGUUGCAACUUCAAUGUCAGAACCACUCACUAUUACACACGGCAUACCUCAAGGCUCAAUUCUUGGCCUAACACUUUUCAGCCUGUGUAUGAAUGAUCUACCCAAAGUCAUCAAGUUUAGUAACAUCAAAUCUUGCGUUGAUGACACUAAGAUAUAUUUGUCGUUCACAUCAAAGGACAUUGAUUCAUGUCUACGCCAAGUUGCUGAGGAUUUAAACACGUUUCAGAGUGGUAUUACGCUAACCACCUUUUGAUCAAUCCUGAAACUAAAGCAGUUUGUCCUCUCUGGGGUGAGGUAACUUAUCUCCAAGUUGCCCAGUAACAUCACCAUACCUUUCCUUGUUCAAGACCUAGUACCUGUAACUUCCGUCAAGGACCCUGGCGUCACACUUGGUUUGAACCUGACCUUCAGUGGCCAUACCGCUUCACUAACCUCCUCUCUUUUGUCAGCAUUAGUUCAAAUAAAUAGGGUAUGACACUUGUUCUUCAAAGAUGUACAGUACGUAAUCCUAAAUACCCUAGUAUUUAGCAAACGGUUCUACUGCACGACCAUAUGGUCUAAAACUUCUAACGAAAACAUCCAUAAACUACAACUUAUGCAAAAACUUUGCCAGCCGCAUACUACUAACACAAAAAAGUUUGAUCACAUUACACCAGGUCUUACAUGAACUUGGUUGGCUCACCAUCGAAGAGCUACUAUACUUAUGUGAUAAAACAAUGAUCUUUAAAUGUCUGAGUGGUCUUGUGCCCAGGUACUUAAGAACUAAUUUUGUAAAACGCUCAGAAACUGCCUCGUAUUGCACUAAACAGAACAAUCAACUUUAUCUCCCUUAGUGCCGAACCUCCUCAACACAGCGUGCCUUCCGUUUCAGGGCAUCUAACUGUUGGAACAGUCUACCCAAUGAUAUUAGAAACUCUGCCUCUAUUAAGGUUUUUAAAAGGACGGCCAGGCUUGAGAUAAUCAGAAUGCAGAAAUAGAAAAUUUACUCCUAGUUUUUUUGAUCUUUGUAAUUAAUUGUUUAUUAGCUUUUCAUUUUUUUAUAAUUGUAGUUCUAGCAUUCAAAUGUAAUUGUCUUUUAUACAUGUAAUAUUUGCCUAUUUAGUACAUUAUGCUUAGUGAACAAUCUCGUAAAUUCAUUCUGAAAAACCUAAUUGGGAGAAUUAAUAAAUGUAUUUUAUUGUAUUCUCAAGGAAGUUUUUCCAAGUAUUUCCACAUUACGCAAGUCAUUCAAGGCUGGAGCCCUAAACUUCUCUCUUGUUGGACCAGCAAUUAAACACAUAUGUAGCUGCUAGCUAGCCCACGCCUGCGCGGUAGGAAAAAAUUUUUGCACUCUUUGGGUCAAGUGACCAAGCAUAGUUUUAAGAUGCAUGAUCAUUAGCUUGACGGUUGGGAACUGUCGCAUUUACUCCUUCCGUGAUGGAUUUGGUAGUUCAAGGAUAGUAUCUUAUAGGCUCACAAGGUAUUAGCCUUACCUUUCGUUUCCAUUUUAUUUGGUUUAUUAUUUCGCCCUUUGUAUGUAAUUUCCUAAUUAAGUUUGUAUUCGUAUUUGUUUACCUACUACAUUUCUCGUCACGUCGUCAAGAUUUUUCAGCUGUAUUUUCCUUUUAGUUUUACAUCAACCUUGCCAGGAGGAAAUCCACGAGAAAAUCGUCGAAGCCCUCACUAAGCCAAGUGUUAUUAUAGACUCUGGAAUUACCAUUUCUCCUCCCACUCCACGCAUGAGUUCACUCCCUGCAACUGCUUCAGUCGCCCCAGCUACAUCUUCUGUCACCCCAAGCAUGUUUCAUUACCCAAACCGCCCCAAGCACUAA